AUGACGCGCAUUUUCCGAGUUGCUGUCCUGGAGUGCGACACGCCCAUCGACCCCGUCAAAGCUCGUUACGGGACUUACGGCGAUUUCUUCGACCGUCUCCUAGCUCCAGGUCUCAAAGAACUUGGAGUAGUUGAGACCGAGAUACAGAUCACAAAGUGGGACGUGGUGAAAGAAUCCGUCUAUCCCAAACCGGAUGAAUUCGACGCAUUGUUGUUGACGGGAAGUAAACAUGAUGCGCAUGCCGAUAUACCAUGGAUAAAUGAGUUGACGGAAUACGUCCGGGGGAUAUUUGAGCAACAAAGGAAGCCCAUCGUUGGAAUAUGUUUCGGACACCAGAUUGUUGCGCGUGCUCUCGGCGCUCGCGUGGGUCGCAACGAUGCGGGAUGGGAGAUAGCAGUGGAAUCCUUUCAUUUGAGUGAUGCUGGAAAGCAGCUGUUUUCUCGGGAUGAUCUGAUUUUGCACCAGAUGCACCGCGAUAUUGCGUACGAGGUUCCCCAAGGAUGCGUCAAUCUCGGCUCUAGCCCUCGAUGCGACGUACAAGGACUAUACAUCCCCCGGCGUCUGUUGACUCUACAAGGCCAUCCUGAAUACGAUGAGUUUGUGAUGACGGAGUUGAUCCAGAUGCGACAUGGGCAAGGAAUCUUUGAUGAUAAGCUAGCGAAGGAUGGGUUGUCGAGAGCGGGGAGACAGCAUGACGGCAUGGCCAUUGGGAAGAUCCGUACUCUUUCUCCCUCCACGAACAAAGUCAUCUUUGAGCACCCAGGGACCUCCCUCGAUGAAGCUCGAACGAUCGCCCAAGCAUCUGAGAAUGCCUUCCAGUCCUACAAACAGCUCUCUCUUGCUGAUCGCAAGGCAAUCAUUGUUAAGGCGUUAGACAUAGUUAACGCAAACAAGGAGACCCUCGCCAAUGAGCUCACGGCCCAGAUGGGCCGUCCAAUUGCCUACUGUACAAAGGAAAUCGACACAAUGCGCAAACGCGCAGAUUACCUCCUAAGUAUUGCGGACGAGAGCCUCAAGAACCUGCCAGGACAGGCUGAAGAUGGAUUCAGACGAUUCUUGAAGAAGGAGCCUCUUGGUGUGACCUUAAUCUCGACUGCGUGGAAUUACCCCUACCUGAUCACCGUCAACACUCUUCUCCCUGCUCUCCUCGCCGGAAACACAGUUCUUCUCCGCCCCUCUCCGCAAACACCCCUCCUCGGCGAGCGGCUCGUCUCGUACUUCCAAGAAGCGGGACUCCCCACUAACGUCCUCCAACUCCUUCAUGUUGGCUCGCUCGAUGUUCUCGACGAGAUCGUCAGACUCCCCCAGAUUAAGCUGGUCUCAUUCACCGGUUCUACAGCGGGAGGAAUCCGCCUCCGCGAAGCGACUGCUCGCCGUGUCGUUCCAGUAAAUCUAGAGCUAGGAGGAAAUGACCCUGCCUAUGUCAGACCGGACGCAGAUGUAGCCUACGUCGCAGCACAGCUCGUUGACGGAGCCAUUUUCAACUCAGGACAGAGUUGCUGCGCAAUUGAGCGUGUGUAUGUCCACGCCGAUAUCUACGAUGCAUUCAUCUCCGAGGCGCAAAAGGAAUUGAGCACUUACAAACUCGGCGACCCAACCAAUAAGUCAACCACAACCGGCCCUGUCAUCUCCAAACAGGCCCUUGCAAACAUCCAGUCGCACAUCGACGACGCCCUAUCCAAGGGCGCCGUUGACUCUACCCCCCAGAAUGCUACAUUUACAUCCACACCCGCCGAAGGCAACUAUAUGGCUCCCAAGCUACUAACAAACGUCUCUCAUGACAUGAUUACUAUGCGCGAAGAAACCUUCGGUCCUGUCAUGCCUGUUAUGAAAGUUUCGUCUGAUGAAGAGGCCAUUGCUCUUAUGAACGACAGUGACUACGGGCUUACGGCCAGUGUUUGGACGAAGGAUAUCAAAGCUGGAGAAGCGCUGGUCGAGAAGAUCGAUGCGGGAACUGUCUAUAUCAAUCGCUGCGACUACCCGAGCCCGGAUCUGGCGUGGAUUGGAUGGAAGAACUCCGGUCUGGGAUGUACAUUGGGGCCGCAAGCCUUUGAUGGAUUUUAUAAAUUGAAGAGCUUCCAUAUCAAGGAGGCGCAGGCUUAGUGUAGGCUGAGUUUGAAG